ACCAAUGUGUUUCACAACUCCACCUUCAUUCACAUCUCGUUCUUUGUUUCUUCUUCUUCAUCUUUACCACCAAACAAAACGGAAAACAAUGUCGGAGAAGUUCAGAGUAUGUUUCUGCUGCAGCAGAAGCUUCAAGGUGAGAGCAAGUGAACCACCGGAAGACAUACAAAGACUGUUCCGUGAGUACUCAGACAACGGCAGCAUGUCCGCCGACCAUCUGCUCCGUUUCGUGAACCAAGUCCAGGGAGAAGGACAGGCCGGUCUGGACUACGCCACGGAAGUCUUCCACAGACUCAAACACCACGACGUUUUUCACCUCCACCACCGCGGGCUCCACCUCCGAGGUUUCUACCGUUAUCUCCUCCACGAUGUCAACUCUCCUCUCCCUCUGUCCCGCCACGUUCACCACGACAUGACUGCCCCCAUGUCGCAUUACUUCAUAUACACGGGUCAUAACUCCUACUUGACCGGAAACCAGCUUAACAGCAGAAGCAGCUCUGAACCGAUAGCCGAGGCUCUUCGAAGAGGCGUACGAGUCAUCGAGCUGGACUUAUGGCCUGAUCCUUCCGGCAAUGGCGUUGAUGUCCGUCAUGGCGGGACGCUAACUAGCCACGAAGAUCUGCAGAAAUGUUUAAACGCGAUAAAGGAAAACGCGUUUGAUACAUCGGAGUACCCAGUUGUGAUCACUUUCGAGGAUCAUCUGACCCGAAAUCUUCAGAGAAAAGUUGUCAAGAUGGUCAGAAAGACGUUCAAGGGAACGCUGUUUCGGUGUGGCCAGGAAAAUCCAAUGUGUUUUCCUUCACCAGAAGCACUCAAGAAGAAGAUUCUGAUCUCAACCAAACCACCAAAGGAAUAUAUGCAGAGCCAAACCGUCCAGAGUACAACCGCUCCUUGGGGGGACAAAGCAGCUGGACCGAAUCUAGCUGUCGUGGAAGAAAAGAUUCAAGAAGAAGAUGAGGAGAGUGCAGCUGUUGAAUACAGGGAUCUGAUCACGAUCCACGCGUGCAAACGUGGUGAUCUGAAGAGCUGCCUGAGCGGUGAUCCAAGCCGGGCCAUACGGAUAAGCAUGAGCGAGCUGUGGCUCGAGACUCUGGUCAAAACUCGUGCAACUGACUUAGUCAGGUUCACGCAGAAGAACAUGCUGAGGAUAUUUCCAAAGACAACACGUAUUGACUCAUCCAACUACGACCCUCUGGUGGGAUGGACGCAUGGUGCUCAAAUGGUGGCCUUCAAUAUGCAGGGUUAUGGGAAGCACCUGUGGAUAAUGCAAGGAAUGUUCAGAGCAAACGGAGGAUGCGGCUACCUGAAAAAGCCCGACAUUUUGCUCUCCACUGGUCCUGGAGGUGAAGUCUUUGACCCUCGUCAACCACUUCACGUCAAGACCACUCUCAAGGUGAAGAUCUACACGGGGGAAGGAUGGAGUCUGGAUUUUCCCCGACAUCACUUUGACCAGUACUCUCCACCAGAUUUCUUCGUGAAGAUCGGAAUAGCAGGUGUUCCGAGGGACACGGUGAGUUACAGAACAGAAACAGAGAUAGACGAAUGGUUUCCGGUGUGGAACCAGGAGUUUCUGUUCCAGUUGACUGUUCCUGAACUGGGGCUUCUAUGGAUCAUCGUCCAAGAUUACGACAGCAACACCCAGAAUGACUUCGCCGGCCAGAUAUGCCUGCCUCUGUCCGAACUCAGAUCCGGCUUCCGCUCCGUCCGCCUCCACGACCGCUCCGGGAAAGCUUACGAUCACGCCAGGCUGCUCGUCCGAUUCGCGUUUGACCCUCCUCAAGCAUUUCAGAUCCCCUAGUUUUCCUUAUUCCAGAUUUCAUCUGUCGCCAGUGUACUCUAUAGAUGGUGAAUAACAACCUCUGUAUAUAUAUCAUUACACUAUCAGAUAUAAUUAUAGAAUUCAUCA